CCUGCAUUUUUGAAAUUUAUCUUCACAGAGAUCCUAUGCUAGGUACUAGCCCCAGUUUACAGGUGAUCGAGACUAGAUUCUCUGAGGGCAACAGCUUGUUUUCACAAGAAGGGUCCUGUUAAUGUUUUGUUAAAGUGAUUCUGGAAUUGAAGAACAGAGCGUAUGUUUAUGCGUAAGAAGCUGGAAAGAACAGUAGGUGAAAGAGGACCGGUGAGGUAAACUGUAUACGGGAGCCUGCUGUUGUCAAAUUCUGUGCUUGCUGUGCACCAGCUCUCCAGCACAGCAUGGUCCUUCUGACAGGGAGCCCAAUUUUCCAGGGAGGAAACAGGCUCGGAAGGCUGACUUUCUUCCCAAGGCACCGGGGCUGUAUCUGCAUCACCAUGGCGACUGGACAGAAGUUGAUGAGAGCUAUUAGAGUUUUUGAAUUUGGUGGACCAGAAGUGCUGAAACUCCAGUCGGAUGUGGUAGUGCCGGUUCCAAAAGACCAUCAGGUUCUAAUCAAAGUCCACGCAUGUGGCGUCAACCCAGUGGAGACAUAUAUUCGCUCUGGUACUUAUAGUAGAAUCCCACCCUUACCAUACACCCCUGGUACUGAUGUGGCAGGGGUAAUAGAAUCCAUUGGCGAUAACGUGUCUGCUUUCAAGAAAGGUGACAGGGUCUUCACUACCAGCACCAUCUCGGGGGGCUACGCAGAGUACGCCCUUGCCGCAGACCACACCGUGUACACACUGCCUGAGAAGCUGAACUUCAGGCAGGGAGCUGCCAUCGGUAUCCCGUACUUCACUGCGUGCCGGGCUCUGCUCCACAGUGCCCGUGUGAAAGCUGGAGAAAGUGUUUUGGUUCAUGGAGCCAGUGGAGGAGUUGGAUUAGCAACAUGCCAAAUUGCUAGAGCGUAUGGCUUAAAGGUUUUGGGCACAGCUGGUAGUAAGGAGGGACAAAAGAUUGUUUUGCAAAAUGGAGCCCAUGAAGUGUUUGAUCACAAAGAAGCUCAUUAUAUUGACAAAAUCAAGAAAUCUGUUGGUGAAAAAGGAAUUGAUGUGAUUGUUGAGAUGUUAGCUAAUGUAAAUCUCAGUAACGAUUUGAAACUUCUGUCAUCUGGAGGCCGAGUAAUAGUCGUGGGCAGCAGAGGUUCUAUUGAAAUAAACCCACGGGACACCAUGGCUAAGGAGUCUACUAUAACUGGGAUUUCUCUGUUUUCAUCAAGCAAGGAGGAAUUUCAGCAGUUUGCAUCAGCUGUUCAAGCAGGGAUGGAAACUGGUUGGUUGAAGCCUGUGAUAGGUUCUCAGUAUCCACUGGAGAAGGUUUCCCAGGCUCAUGAGAAUAUCAUUCAUGGCAGUGGGACUGUUGGAAAAAUGGUUCUUCUGAUAUGAUGCUGCUUUCGUGGGCUUCCAGUGUAAUUAGGAGAUUUUCUUUCCUCCAUCUUCUUUACAUUGUCUUUAACAUUUAUUUGAUUUAGUGAAUUUGUCUUGAAAAAACAAACUAUUUCUUUAGGGAGCAGGGACAGUGGAGUAAAGUUUAUUUCAUAGAUGGUAAUCAUUUUUAGUGCCUUCUAUCUUAAAUCAAGGAGUCAUCAUAGUAGGAAAGAGCAUGGUAGUGUCACUUGUACAUUCCAGAAAUUCUUAACUGAUACUUGUUUAAUUCUGUGCCAUUGACUAACACAUACUAAUUCAAGGUAAGACUGAUUGCCACGCCGACUAAUCUUUAUUGAGUGUUCCUUAAUCAGUUCUGAUUAUCCCAUACCUAAUGGGACCCCACAGACUUUCUGGACUUAAAAAAAAAAAAAAAAUCCCUUUUCCAAACUAAUCUCAUUGGUAGUUACCUAGAAGGGAUGAAUAAGUAAUGUCCCAAGAAAUUUUUUGGUUUUCCCAAUAUUUCCCUAAAUCGUACAAAAUUCACUGCAUCACUGGAUGAUUGUCUGUGACCUUCCUGUAUGUUCUUUGAGGAUAGCACCCUUCUUGGGUCGAUGAAGCUAGGUAGAGAGGCACCAGGUAAGCACUUUGUGAUUAGAUUUUCAGAGUAGAUUUACUUACCUUUUAUGUGCUGUGGAUCAGACAUUUUUAUUUAACGAGUCCACAAAUUGGACAUAUUAAGAUGAUCUCCUUUUGUUUCAUAACACAAUAAUCUGUAAGAAAUUCUGCAGAUCAAUCCUGUGUGACCUAGUUUGCCUUUGUAUAGUACUUGCCUCACAUUACUUCAGCAUAGCUGCUAAUGGUUACUUACUAAUAGUGUUCUGUGUUGGAAGCCUUUGCCUAAACUAAAUAAAGGAAUAACCUUUUAGAA